CUCCCAUUACAUCUUGUUCUGCACAAUUGACCGUUGGGGAACACACAAACAGCUCCCCCACCCACAACCCCAAAUCCUCUUCUCUCUCUCUUUCCUAAAAGAAACCAGAGAUCGUCCUUCGUCCCAAUCACAUUCUCUCGUUCCAACAAAAAAACCCACAAGAAAAGCCCUCUCUUGCCUCGUUAGUAGUAUUACAUAGAGAGAGAGAGAGAGAGAGAGAGAGAGAGAGAGGCUUUUUCUUCUACCAGCUCUCUCUCUCUCGAUCUUCAACUCAUCAUUCGCACUAUAACAAAAACCCUGAGAAACAAAAAGAACAACAAAAUGGAGUCAACGACACAGAGACGGAAGAGCGGGAUCAAUCUCCCGUCCUCUAUGUCGGAGACCUCUCUCCGUCUCCACACAACCACCACCUCCUCCGCCCCGUCAUCAUCGUCUUCUCCCCUGCGCAGCGGCAAUGGCGCGCUGAAUAAUCUUUUCUCGCCGAGGUCCAUGUCGCCCCGGACGAUCUCGAACCUGUCGUCGUCAUCGCCGAGAUCGGGCAGCAGCUGCAGCGACAGGUUCAUACCGUGCCGGUCGUCCUCGAGGCUCCACACGUUCGGGCUCGUCGAGAAGUCUCCGGCGGCGUCUCCGGCCAAGGACGGCGCCGGCGGAGGAGGAGGAGGGAGCGAGGCUUAUAACAGGUUGUUGAGAACGGAGCUCUUUGGGGCUGAUUUUGGGUGUUUUUCUUCUUAUGCAGGUGGUCAGGGGUCGCCGUUGAGUAGUAGUCCAAGCAGCAAGAACAUGUUGCGGUUCAAGACGGAUCAGUCCGGGCUGAACUCACCGUAUGCUUCGCCGUCGAUUUUGGGGGGUGAUGGUGGGUUUUCAUCGGAGAAUACGACGCCGCCUAAGCCGCCCAGGAAGGUGCCCAAGACACCCCAUAAGGUUCUAGAUGCCCCAUCGCUCCAAGAUGACUUCUACCUGAACUUAGUUGAUUGGUCAUCGCAAAAUGUCCUUGCUGUUGGAUUGGGUACCUGUGUUUAUUUAUGGACUGCAACAACCAGCAAAGUAACUAAGUUGUGCGACCUGGGGCCUAAUGACGGCGUGUGCUCGGUCCAAUGGACUCGGGAGGGUUCAUACAUAUCAAUCGGCACAAGUCUUGGUCAAGUGCAGGUUUGGGAUGGGACUCAGUGCAAAAGGGUGAGAACUAUGAGUGGGCAUCAAACAAGGACCGGUGUCUUGGCAUGGAGUUCGCGUAUAUUGUCUUCUGGGAGUAGAGACCGCAACAUACUUCAACAUGAUCUUCGUGUACCAAAUGAUUUUGUUAGCAAACUUGUUGGCCACAAAUCCGAGGUAUGUGGAUUGAAAUGGUCUCAUGAUGAUCGGGAACUUGCAUCAGGAGGCAACGACAAUCAGCUUUUAGUAUGGAACCAGCAUUCUCAACAGCCAAUUUUAAAGCUGACGGAGCACACAGCUGCUGUCAAGGCUAUUGCUUGGUCACCCCACCAGAGUGGCCUUCUUGCAUCUGGAGGUGGAACUGCCGAUCGGUGCAUUCGCUUCUGGAAUACCACCAAUGGAAAUCAAUUAAACAGUGUGGAUACAGGAAGCCAGGUAUGCAAUCUAGCGUGGAGUAAAAAUGUGAAUGAACUAGUAAGCACUCAUGGAUAUUCACAGAACCAAAUUAUGGUUUGGAAAUAUCCAUCAAUGGCAAAGGUUGCAACCCUAACUGGCCAUAGUUUGCGGGUGCUCUAUCUUGCCAUGUCACCUGACGGCCAGACAAUAGUGACUGGAGCAGGGGACGAGACACUUAGAUUUUGGAAUGUAUUCCCAUCCGUAAAAACAACAGCUACAGUCAAGGACACAGGAGUUUGGUCAUUAGGGAGAACUCACAUUCGAUGACAGAUUGAUGACGUAUUAAAGUGGAAGGCUGCAGUUACAAAAUAUUUUACAGUAACUUUCUAUUCCAACUAUUUAACUGUCUAUACAAGCAAGAGAUUAGGACACUGUAAAGUCAUUUACCUCUUUUUCAUUUUAUACAGCAUGUCAAUAUUGAUACUUCAGAAUGGAUUGAACAGUCAAUAAAAUUUUGCACUCAUUUGUUUCGUUGCA